ACAUUCCUAGCUUACUACUGUGAGUUGCUGAAAACAAGACCGAGGCAGAAGUAUCAACGAGACCGAGGCAGAAGUAUCAACGAGACCGAGGCAGAAGUAUCAACGAGACCGAGGCGAAGGUCAAGGCGCUCAGCGACUAUAUAGGGACCUUCAGCAGCCAGACUAGGAGCCUUCAGCUUUCCGCAAUCCGUGUGCUCCUGAAAGGCAGGCGACACAUUCCGCACCGCGGAACCUCCGUCUGCGUUUGCCCCUUUCGUGUCCACACCUGUUCCUAUCGACUGCCAUCUUCGACGUCACUGGCGCUGACCUGAUGCCAUCUCGUCGCCACGGACUAGGCUUCUAAUUACAGACCGUCGCUGCGUCUCGAGUCUCAACUCGUUCGCUCACAGCGCCUUACAACAGUGGGUCUCGCUCAGAGAGCCGUCCAGUAGUUUCCAGUUGUAUAACAUUUCUUUGUCCAAUAGCAGCAGCAGCAGCAGCGGGACUGAACACCAGCAGCAGCGGAAGCUGCACGUUACCGCAGCGAUGGUCCGAGCAACAGAAUAUCGCAUCACAAUGCCUGUUUCGCUAGAAGAGUACCGCAUAGGGCAGACGUACAUGCGGUCGCGCAUGCAGAUGGAGAACACGCGCGGCAGCGAGGGCGUGGAGGUGCGCGCGUCGCACCCCUUCGCGGACGACCGCAUGGGGCACGGGCACUUCGCGCACGUGGUCUACCACUUCCACAGCAAGGCGCCCGCGUGGCUGCGCGCGCUCGCCCCGCACGGCGCGCUGUGCCUGGAGGAGCAGAACUGGAACGCGUACCCGCACAGCAAGACAGUAGCGCAUCCAAGCACUUGCCAUUCCCUCAACAGCUCCCUUGCUCUCACUCAAUCGCCUCUGCCCCUCUCCCUCCUCCCAUUCCCAUGCCCCUGCCAGUGCCCGUACUUCACCAAGUUCACCAUCACCAUCGAGUCCAUGCACGUCGCCGAUAGAGGCGACUCUGAAAAUGCGCUGGGUCUGGACGAGGCGCAGUUGAAGCAGCGCAAGGUGGAGCGGCUGGACAUCGCCAGCCAUGACAGGGACAUGUGGAGCCGCCUCAUCGCCAAGUCGGGCAUAGACCCCUCCAAAGUCACACUCACGAAAACCAAUCGCGGGCCGCUCACGCCAGGCUGGCAGUCAACAUGUGAGCCAGUCAUGACGGCAUACAAGAUGGUCACAGUGGAUGCUCCGUAUUGGGGCUUCGGCAAGAGACUAGAGCUCCUUGUACUCGCUGGCGAGAGGGCUCUGUUUCUGGAGGCGCACCGCAAGUGCUUUGGGUGGAUGGACGAGUGGUGCGAGCUCACAAUGGAGGACGUGCGGCGCAUUGAGAAGGAGAACAUCGAGGCCAUGCGCAAGAACCUAGCUCUCAACAAUAAGGUGGCGCCAGAUGAGUUCAACGAGGAUGAGUUGAGACCUGAGGUGGAUGGCAGCCUUGAUGACGCAGACAGCAGUGGCACUGAGCUGGCAGAUAGCCCCAAGGGUAAAGGUAAAGCUGCAGAGGGGAAGGAGAUCGCUGUAUGAGUUCUUUGUUGCAGCAGUUCUCUUGUAAUUACGUAUUGCUGAGUUGAUGAUGUGUGCUAAGUCCUUUGAAAUACGGUAAAGCUAUCCUUGCUGGUUGAGAUCCUGCUUCUUGCAGCUCAAUAAAGUCACUUGAAUAAU